AUGUAUUAAUUAUUACAGGAAUGUAAGAUUCAAGUCAAAUUUCCAAGUAUAAAUAAGGAGUUAUCUAUAAUUAUUAAAUCAGAUUUAACAGGACUUUAAAUGAAAGAAGAAUUUUGUCAAUUAUAUGAUACUUAGAAAUAUGAUAUUGACUUAUAUUUUAAUGAUGUAGUGUUGAAUGAAAAUUAAUCGCUAAUUUAAUAAGGAGUAGGAGAGAAUGGAAUUAUUAUAAUAAAGUAUGCAAUUCCUAUAACAAUAUUGUUAUCUUCUGCCAAUAAAAAAUAUUGUUUGAGAUUGACACCCGAAACAACAACAAUGGAUUUAUAAUAACAUUUAAUGGAUACUUAUAGCUAUCAAAAUGUUAUUGUUACAUUUUAUAAAGACGAAGAAAUAUUAUUACCUGGAUUGAGUUUAUAUGAUUAGGGUAUCAAUAAAUCCAAUAUCAUAAAAGCAAAUGUGAAACAAAUAGGAGGAUGA